GCUAUUGAUGACAGCUCUGGGGACCUGGCUGUGUUUUAUGCAGCAGCAGCAGCAGCAGCAGCUUUGCUUGGGGCAGAGCCGUGUCCAUGCACACAGCCCAGCCUUUGGCUGCCACAGAGCACAUCCCAGCCUGCAAGGCAGCGCUGAGUGUGAUCCUGGAAACUUUCAUGUGCCUGUGUGCCAGAGAGGGGGAGAGAGGGAGAGCCAAGGCGAGUAGGGAGGAAGGCAGGGAGAGCAGGAGCUCUCCUGACACACAGCUCAGGGCUCUCAGAGCUGUGCGAGCAGCUCUUCGGCUGGAGUGCACUUCGAAGGACAGCACUCCCUGACUUUAUCCACUGAACCCCUGAAGGACAGAUAUGACACCCAACUGCUGCUUCUACAUGCUCUUGCUUUUUGGUACCAAGGUCAUCUGUGACUCUUUGGAAGACCAUGUUUCUGGAGCUGGCACCAGGUGCCCCCUGGGCUACUUUCCAUGUGGCAAUAUCACAAAGUGUUUGCCCCAGCAGCUGCACUGUAAUGGUGAGGAUGACUGCGGGAAUCGGGCUGACGAAGACAACUGCGAGGACAACAAUGGAUGGUCUCUGCAAUUUGAUAAACAUUAUACAAAGGACAAAUACAAUAAACUGAAGUCUCUGUAUGCAUUUCAGACAAAGACACCUGAGUGCUUGGCUGGAGAUGUGCCAGCAGAGUGCACCUGCCAGGGCCUGGAGGUUUUCUGUGAUGCUGCCAAACUACGUACUGUCCCAUCCGUCCCUGCAAACAUAACCAUAUUGUCUCUUCAGAGGAAUCUGCUGAGGAAACUUUCUGCUGAUGUUUUCAAGAAAUACCAGGAUCUCAAAAAUCUGUAUCUUCAGAAUAAUAAAAUCAGAGCCAUAUCUGAACGUGCUUUCAAAGGCUUAUACAACUUGACAAAACUAUAUCUGAGCAACAACAAGAUAACGAAUUUGGAGCCUUUUGUCUUUGCAGACCUCCACAGACUUGAAUGGCUGAUAAUUGAAAACAACAGGAUAAAUCGGAUCUAUCCAUUAACAUUCUAUGGACUCAAAUCCCUUAUUCUUCUAGAGAUGAUGAAUAAUUCCCUUGCUCGUUUGCCCGACAAACCUCUGUGCCAAUACAUGCCAAGAUUAAACUGGCUAGACCUUGAAGGCAACCAUAUCCACCAUGUGAAAAAUGCCACUUUCAUGUCCUGCAGCACUCUAACUGUACUGGUGAUGAGACGAAAUAAAAUCCAUUCCCUAAAUGAAGACAGCUUUUCCUCUCUCCAGAUGUUAGAUGAAUUAGAUUUGGGUAGCAACAAGAUUGAAUCACUUCCUCCAUAUAUAUUUAAGGAACUAAAGGAGCUUUCACAACUGAACCUUUCUUACAACCCCAUCAAGAAAAUACAAAUAGACCAGUUUGAUUUUCUAAUUAAACUCAAAUCCCUCAGCUUGGAGGGCAUUGAAAUUGCAAACAUCCAGAGGAAAAUGUUCAGUCCCUUGAGAAACCUUUCCCACAUAUAUUUUAAGAAGUUCCAGUACUGUGGGUAUGCUCCUCACGUGCGCAGCUGCAAGCCCAACACUGAUGGCAUUUCCUCCCUCGAGAAUCUUUUAGCCAGCAUCAUACAGAGAGUGUUUGUCUGGGUUGUAUCUGCCAUUACCUGCUUUGGGAACAUUUUUGUUAUCUGCAUGAGGCCUUACAUCAGAUCAGAGAACAAGCUGCAUGCCAUCUCCAUCAUGUCUCUCUGCUGUGCUGACUGUCUGAUGGGGAUAUAUUUAUUUGUGAUUGGAGCUUUUGAUCUUAAAUAUCGUGGAGAAUACAACAAGCACGCUCAGUUGUGGAUGGACAGUAUCCACUGUCAAUUGGUUGGAUCGCUGGCUAUUCUGUCUACAGAGGUGUCAGUCUUACUGUUGACUUAUCUGACUUUGGAAAAAUACAUCUGCAUAGUUUAUCCUUUUAGGUGCUUGAAACCCAGAAAAUGCAGGACAAUUUCCAUCUUGGUUCUUAUCUGGAUAAUCGGGUUUGCUGUUGCUUUUAUCCCACUGAGCAAUAAGGAAUUUUUCAGGAACUACUAUGGCACAAAUGGCGUCUGUUUUCCUCUUCACUCAGAACAAUCAGAAAGUUCAGGAAGUCAGAUUUAUUCUGUUGUGAUUUUCUUAGGUGUAAACUUGGCAGCUUUUAUCAUCAUUGUGUUUUCCUAUGGGAGUAUGUUCUACAGUGUUCACCAGACAGCUAUUAUGGCUACUGAAAUUCGGAAUCAUAUUAAAAAAGAGAUGAUCCUUGCUAAACGUUUUUUCUUCAUUGUAUUUACUGAUGCACUAUGUUGGAUACCUAUUUUUAUUUUGAAACUCCUUUCUUUACUUCGAGUAGAAAUACCAGGUACCAUAACUUCUUGGGUGGUGAUUUUCAUACUGCCAAUAAAUAGUGCUCUGAAUCCUCUUCUCUACACUUUGACUACACGACCUUUCAAAGAAAUGAUUCACCAGGUUUGGUACAACUACAGACAGAGAAGAUCCAAAAGAGGUAAAGGCAGCCAGAAACCGUACGGUCCAUCAUUCAUUUGGGUAGAGAUGUGGCCAAUGCAUGAAAUCACGCCAAAGGUUACGAAGCCUGUGCUUUGUACAGACUCUUCUGAUGCUUCAGUGACUACACAGUCAACAAGACUGAAUUCCUACACGUAAUGACGGCUUGAGUCCUCACGGUGACAUCGGCACGGUUAGUGUCACAUCCGUGGGCUUGCUGCUUUACAGCCACGAGGAAAAUGAGGGAGGUGUGACAGCAGGGCUCACCCGAACCACUGCGGGAAGGAGAGGGAGCCGGGUGUCUGUUUGCAGGUAGAACUGGCAUUUCACCAUCUCACAGCAGCACCUGACAGGUUUUCUUUGACAGUUCAUCCUAGAUCAGAAUGAGAAAUCAGAUAUUUGGGGAUUUUUUUCUUCCACAAGCCAAGAGUGUGGAAAAAACAUGAAUUGUCAUUUGAAACAUCUCACCCUGAAAGCAGAUGAUUUGAAAAUCAUCUAUUUAUGGGGAAGUGUGUGUGUGUGUGUGUGUGUGUGUGUGUGUGUGUGUGUGUGUGUGUGUAUUUUCUUUUUUCUCUUUGUAAGUUCCCAUUUCAACAGGUGAUUUUUUUAAGAGUUAAAGGUUUCCUCAUUAAGAAAUGUAUUUUCUUCUCAAAGUUUCUGACUGGCUCUAUUUAGGCUGCAUCAUCUCUUAAAAGCUUUAAGGAGCAAUAGCUGUAAGAAAAACAUUCACAUUUCAUAAUGAGGUCAGUUAACUAUAUUUGUCAAAGCCAAACAAGUGAAAAUUAUAUUCCUUUUAUAAAUUUACAGACUAUGUAACUCAUGUAAAGGCAACAGUGAAGUGGUAAUGAUAGUUCUAAUGCAGUUGCCAGGUUGGACAAGGCCCUGAUCAGCCUGGUCUACUGGGAGGUGUCCCUGCCCAUGGCAGGGAGAGGCUGGGACUAGAUGAUCUUUAAGAUUCUAAUUCAGGCAGAACCAGAACUGUGGUGAAGAAAAAAGUAAAAAUAAGGGGUUUGGUUUGUUUGGUUGGUUUUUUUUCCCCAAGUGAGUGUCCCCCAGCUUUAACUUGUGGCAGUUUCUCCCUUCUUACUCUGGAAGGACUGGACUGAGUAUCCCAGCACCUUGCUGCUGCUCUUUUCCUCACUUUUCUUAACAGGCUACCAAAAGUAGCUCACCACAGCUUGCAGACUUCAACAAAUACCAGUCUUUAGAUGUCUCUCUAUGUACAAGGGAGAUGGUCAAAUAGAAAAUUAUCAGUCUUAAUAGGUGUCAUGACAUCUACAUUUUAAUCACUUUGUACAUGACUGGAUGCAUUACAGUUAAAGUAAUUUAAAGACCACAGCCAUUCAGCACUUUUUGAAGCAUUAUUUUACUUCCCAGAAUUAAAAGGGUAAAAUAAAAAACAUCCCAUCUGAAUCAAUCCCCUAGAGGCAGUUCCUUCACACAUUCUUAAUGAAGAGAAUGUUUUCUAUUAUGAAUUAUUACAACUUCCUUCUUGUUUCAGUACCGUAUUCAGUCUGAUGGCCUAGAAGCCCAAAAAGGUAAAAACAGCUUCUUUUUUGUAUUGAUUUGAAACUAUUUAAAAUUAAGUUAAAAGAUACUUCCAAUGUUUGCACUUAACUUCUUAGCGGUAUAAGAAGUAAAAUUUUGAAAAAGUGUGGCUCACACUUCAACUGUUUACAGAACUUUGGAUUAUCUUUUGAUUUGAAACUGAAGAUUAAGCAUCUUGUUUCCACUGCUGCAUGUUCUACUGAAAUAAAAUAUUAUCUGCUAAACAAAACGACUCCUUUUCCAAGCUGUUCAGCAACAUUUCGGGUUGUUGGGGUUAAAAACACCUGAGCAAAAUCCUGCCACAUGGAUUUUCUUUAGGACAAUUAGAACUCAAUUCAAUGGAAGUUCCUUACUCAUGGGCCAAGCUCUCUCAAGGGCUACAACUGCCUUUGGUGAGAUGUGCAAGAAUCCCUGACAUUACCACUACCCAUUUUUCACUACACAGGAUUAUGGUUAUAUUCACUAUCACCUUUGUUUCUAUCGGUAACACCAUAACAGUCAAUACUUCAUAAUUUUUGCAACUUCUUUGUUGUUUUGAUAAGCAAGCCACAGUGGGUCUUUCUCAAAGUCCUAUAAGUAAAAAUAAGGCCUGCUAAUAAGUCAUGGCAGAGUCACAUUCUCCUGCAGCCUGCCCUUGCACCUCAGCAUUCCUUUUUUCCACAGUGCCUGGUUAAGGUACAGGAGUGUCAGGACAGCUAUUUAUUACAGAUCAGCCAUCCUUCAGACCAAAAGGUUCUAUUAACAGUAAGCUCUAGACUAUCCAACUAGCCACUGCUUAAGGCAAAGAUAAAAAACCAAACACUGAAAAGCUCUGAGGUGCUUCCCCAGGGACGGGGGAAUAAAUGUCACAGAUUCCAUUCUAACUAAUAGAAGUUUUUACUUACAGUUCAAAAUAAUCCAGCCUGUCAUUAAACAAUGCUGCUAAAUGUCAACCCUACAGAGAUACAGGGUUCAUCAUAAGGCACUUUAUUACAACAAAAGGUUGGGUAAAAUUGUUUGCAGUAAUCUGCAGCUUUAUAGAUAUACAUUGCGAUACUGCUGAAAAUAGUAAGGUUUGGGAUAUAGGGUUUUUCUACAGCUCAUAAAUAAGCCACAACUUGUCGCAUUAUCCCAUACUUAACAUGAAAAUUAAAAAGUGUGUAACAAAAAACUGAAGUUGAAGUUUCUCUGGGGUUGGCAGGGUUUCUGCUGGUGACGGGUCUUAAAGAGGAGGGCUGACAAUUCUUUAUCAUAGGACACACUUCCCUACCAGUAAGGAGUUCUGAACGUAGCACACAUACUAACUUUGUAUCUACCACGCUAGCACAAAAGAGAGAGGAAAAAAUAGUGGAGUCAGAGAUCGCUUGAGCUUCAACGAAGAAUCUAAAAGUCAACUAUACAAAGUUUUUUUAUUCGGUAGACUACCAUAAAACAUCCAUGCGAGAGCCCUCAGGUAUUUGUGCAAGAUCUCUGGGGGCAAACAAAGCUCCACGUGAGGUCCCUGAGGCGGCG